CGUGAAGUGACUUCCCAGAGUCCACAACAGACAGCGUGUUAGGGCGGUGCACAGCACCUUCACAAACCGGGCUAGUCGGGAAGGACGGGAAGGACUGCCCGGCGGGGCUGAGCUUUGGAAACGACGCCUAGAGUGGAGUGACUGAGUAACAAGCUGGAGGCUCUGCGCCCCUGCCGGAACCUGGACCCUUGAUCAGACCCGCCCAACUCGACCGGCUCCAACCGGCUCCAGCGGGGUCUCCAAAACAGCCCCGCCCCAGCUGCCUGACUUACAGCGAAAUUUAGUCUGUAAGUUUUGUUCUUGAGACUGUUUUCAGCUUCUGGGAGAAGAGCCGGUCUCCUGACUGGGAUGGAUGUUUAGGGACUUGGGUUUGUACUUGACUCCCAGAAACUAAAGUCCUAAGUGUCCGGACUGACAAAAGACCCGUCAGUUCUUAGGGUUUCUUGCUGUGAAACUAGGACGAUCUCAAAACUGCUGCCCAUUCGAAACCUCGGAAGUGACUAAGUGAUGCGUGGAUGAGUGGAUCCUGAGUCUUCACCAUCGCUGCUCCUAGAUCAAAGUAUUCCGAGGUCCAGAUUUCAGGUUGCAGCAGAACUGAUUCUUUGGUAGAAUAGCAAACCCUGAAACAUCUCUGAAGUCACCCCCAGCAUCUUGACUGUGGCAUUUUCAGGGUCACAGUGCAUGGUCACAGGAAGAACCACAUGGAACAACGACAUGAGGCCGUGCACAGAAUUUAAUGAGGAAUGCCCGGUGGGCGACCUUGGAUGUGUCAGUGUCAUUGUACUAUAGUGCUCCAUCCCUUUGCAAUCCCAGAGAAAUGUUGCUAGAAGAGAAUACUAUGUGGAAUGAGACCGUCCUAUCUUUUAUGACCAAUAUGUAUUAAGAAACACAUCUAUCCUGCAAAUACGAAGUGCUAUCGUCUUGAAGAAGCAAGCAGCCGUUUACAACAGACCUGAGAACAUGAGAAUGUUUGUUAGUGGCAGAAGAGGCAAAAGAUGGAAAUUUUUUCAGCUCUUUGCCACUUGUUUUAUAUUAAGCUUCAUGGUUUUCUGGGGCCCCAUCAAUAAUCACAUUGUGAACCAUAUGAAGUCCUACUCCUACAGAUACCUCGUGAAUAGCUAUGGCUUUGUGAACGAUUCCCUGUCUCUCAAGCACAGCUCCGAACAACCUCACUACCAAUACUUGAUCAACCACAAAGAAAAGUGUCAGGCUCAAGACGUCCUCCUCUUAUUGUUCAUUAAGACGGCCCCUGAAAACUAUGGCCGACGCUCUGCAAUCAGAAAAACAUGGGGCAAUGAGGAUUAUGUCCGGUCCCAGCUGAAUGCCAACAUCAAAAUUCUGUUUGCCUUGGGGACUCCUGCUCCACCAAAGAGGGAAGAACUGCAGAGAAAACUAAUUUGGGAAGACGAAAAGUACAAAGACAUAAUUCAGCAAGACUUUGUUGAUUCUUUCUACAAUCUUACUUUAAAACUACUCCUUCAGUUCAGCUGGACAAACAGCUUUUGUCCACACGCCAGAUUCCUGAUGACGGCUGAUGAUGACAUAUUUAUCCACAUGCCAAACCUCAUCCAAUACCUUCAAGGGCUAGAGCAAAUUGGUGUUCGAGACUUUUGGAUUGGUCAUGUUCAUCGUGGCGGCCCUCCUGUUAGGGAUAAAAGCAGCAAAUACUAUGUUCCCUAUGAAAUGUACCAAUGGCCAGCUUACCCUGACUAUACAGCUGGGGCUGCCUAUGUCAUUUCCAGUGAUGUAGCUGCCAAAGUCUAUGAAGCAUCACAGAUGCUGAACUCCAGUCUGUACAUAGAUGAUGUGUUCAUGGGUCUGUGUGCCAAUAAAAUGGGGAUAGUGCCACAGGACCAUAUGUUUUUCUCUGGGGAAGGUAAGGCUCCUUAUCAUCCUUGCAUCUAUGAAAAGAUGAUGACAUCUCAUGGACACUUACAAGAUCUGCAGGAGCUCUGGAUGGAGGCCACAGAUCCUAAAGUAAAGAACAUUUCAGAAGGAUUAUUUGGUCAAAUAUACUGCAGGUUAAUUAAGAUUGUUCUCUUCUGCAGAUUGAUUUACAGGAAUCCGUACCCUUGUAGGGCUGCAUUUGCUUAACAGCACUUGAAUACUCGUAUUCUCUGUCAUUGAGCCAAACUUGGAGGUGAAAAACGUCUGUAAACAUUUCUCUACACCUUAAGUAAAAUGAAUUGAAAGCAAAGAGAUCAUUUCAAAUCCUAGGGAAUUAAAAUAUUUCUUUGAUUACAGAAACUAGGCAAUGCAAUGCCUAAUUCAUGGCUUAAAUUCAUUUCAAGGAUUUCAAUUUUUAAAAGAUUUAGAUCAUGAACAAAGAUAAAAGUAAAGCAAAAUUCAAGUUCUCGCUUGGUGUCACAUGUGUCUUUGAGGUACGAAGAGCAAUUGGGAUGCCUUAAUAUCAAAAUAAUGGUUGCGGGAAAUGCCUAACAGGUGUAUAAUGGAGCAUUUCCAAGAAAUUAAUGUCUUUAGAACAAACACUCCAAUUUAUUUUUAUUAGAGUACUUGGUGGAGGUGGGCAGAUGGUAUAGAAGAAAAGUAUACCAACCUGAAGAAAGUUUCAUUCUAAUAAGGACAUAGAGGAAAAUGUCUGCAGUCUUGUUAUGGUUGAAUCACUUAACACUGGCAUUCCUAUAAAUAUUUAUCUAGACAGUUCUGGCACCAUUUAAAAUAUACUUACAUAGUUUUCUCUAAUUUUUAAUAUAGAAUUUGAGAAAGUCAUCAGCUCUGCUCUCACCAGGACGAUAUGGAGACCUUCUCUAAAAUUAUCAAGCAGGAGUAGUUCUUGGCCCGUGAGAGCCCUCUCUAAAGAGAAAUUGCUGUCAACUCCAAUAAGCUGGUUUUGAUUUAAUGAAUUAUGCCAUGGAUUUUAAAGCAUUAAAUAUUGGCCUUUGCUUAAGGUAGUUGUUUGAAUACUGCUUACAUAAGGGAAGAGACUUCAAGAAAAGACAGGGCUAGGGCUGUAACUCAUUACCCAACAAGAAAAGGCAAAGUUGCAUUAAAAGACUCUUUUCCUUGUAACUUGUGAUAUGUCAGCUUGGAGUCCAAAUCACAGCAGUGAUUACUAGAGUCAGUCCACCACCUACCAGCAAGGUUGCAGAGGCCACAGAUUUUCUUCCAAAUAGACUUUUAGUUUAAAAGUUUUUAAUAUGCUGCCAUGUCUAAAUAAUCCAUUAUUUGGCUAAAUUACUAUCAGUGAUGAGCUUUUAAGUAUUUCAAACAUGGAAGCAGAGCAAGAGUGGUAGAGAAACUAACCAACGAGGCUAAAAGUUUUGAUAAAGCUGCAUAUUAUUUGUAACCAGUGGUUUGGCAGAUCAAAUAAAUACACUGAUUUUACAAAGUAGGAUAAAAAAUGUGCUGUAAUGUCACAAUGCAUGAGCACAGAAAUGACUAAGUGACGUCCAUGUAUGGAGACAAAUAAUGACUUCAGCAAAGGCAAAUGGACCAUUUAACAAACCUCAGACAGAGGCACCUAUUAGAGAAAAGCUCAGCUAUCAUUAGGAUGGUAUUGGGGGAAAAAAGUAAAACAAAGCAAAACAAAAAACAAAAACAAAAUCUAAGAAUUUCUCAGAAUACACAACUAAAUGAUACCUGUGUUUUUGCAGGUAGAUUUUUUUUUAAAUGUUUACAGAAAUCUUUGUGAAUUUUUUCUACUAUGAUAUUUGAAGCUUGUUUACACUGCUUGGGUAAUUUCUUACUAACCUCCAGAUGUUGUGUUAAACAUUCUUAAGAUAGUUAUUUUUAGAAUAAAUUCAGGGUUUUAGAUUAUUACAGUUCAGAUUUUUCUGAUCCAUUAAAAAAAAAACUAGAAAACGAAGGUGUUACUUGGCAAGCAGUUUCGUAGCUAACCCUCACCAGUUGGCCCUUUGAUAACUGCUGGCUUUGGGUUUUUAUGUGCCCGAGUAAUUUCCUUGUGGCCACUGAGGUGGCCUUGUUUACACCCAGUACUUUAUGAAGCAGUUAUUUAUUUGCUUAAUUGAGCUCUCUUGAACUAUGUUCAUCUUUUUUAUUUUUGCUUAGAAUAGAACCGGUUUGAAGCUAAAGGAAUAUGAAGGUACUUUGUGUCUUGGAGUUGUUAUAUUAUUCCACCAUCAGACCCAAAGGCCUGAAAAGUGUGCAUAAACAGAACUGUUGUAGCCUUUUAAAAAAGGAAGAAAAACCUUGGUGCUGAAAUGCAGUAUUGUUUUCAAAAUGAAACAUAAAAUAAAAAAGGAAAACAAACUAUUGGCCCAGAUAGUUCCUUGAGUAAAAGAAAAAAAUCUAUAUACAGUAUCAUUGCUAAAAACUUCUUACUUCUUGAUUGGUUUGCAUCUAUUAUUCAGCUAUUAAUUUUAUACCAAAAUGUUACAUAAUUAUAUUGCUUGAGUUUCAAUCUUGUAUGGCAAAAUAAUUAGGAGGUCUAAAACCGUCUAUGCUUUCCAAUAAAUUACUUAAAAACCAUCAACAAUGUGUAUUUA